AUGUCCUGUUGCAGUCCAUGUGUGCCUUGCCAGCCCUGCGGCCCAACCCCGCUGGCGAACAGCUGCAAUGAGCCCUGCUGCAGGCAGUGCCAGAGCUCCACUGUAGCCAUUGAGCCUCCUGCUGUGGUGGUGACCCUGCCUGGACCCAUCCUCAGCUCCUUCCCGCAGAACACCGUUGUGGGCUCCUCCACCUCUGCUGCUGUUGGCAGCAUCCUCAGCUGUGGUGGAGUGCCCAUCAGCUCCGGGGGCUUUGACCUCUCCUGCAUUACCAACCGCUACUCUUGCAGACCAUGCCGGCCCUGCUAG